AUGCCGCAGUAUGAGAGUGAAUCACGCUACCUUGAGGAAACUCUCGCCUCAUUACCACAUUGUAAGACCAUUAUCGUCCUAAAGAAAGGAAGACCAUAUAAAAGAAUAAGAGAGGACGAGGAGGAAGGGACCUGUAACAGUGGCCCCUUGAUAAUGGCCGCCAGAGUCCUCACGGAUAGACGCAGUGGGGAAGAGUUCAUCGAGUACUGGCACUCGGGAGGGUGGGUAUCGAGGCCUGGCACCGGGAAGGAGCAACAGUUACAACACAAGGAGCAGCAGUUACAACACAAGGAGCAACAGUUACAACACAAGGAGCAGCAGUUACAAUACAAGGAGCAACAGUUACAACACAAGGAGCAACAGUUACAACACAAGGAGCAGCAGUUACAACACAAGGAGCAGCAGUUACAACACAAGGAGCAACAGUUACAACACAAGGAGCAACAGUUACAACACAAGGAGCAGCAGUUACAACACAAGGAGCAACAGUUACAACACAAGGAGCAACAGUUACUAGCGUUGUAA